GUUUUCAUGGGAAGUACCACAUCUAAACUCUCAACAUUGCACUUGAAGAUCGAAAGCCUAGAAGGUGCUGUUGAUGAAAUGGGUCAAACCUUUGCUCUGAAAGGAAGCAACUUUAAUCUUGAAGGUCUUAACAAUUUGAAAGAAAAUCAAAUUGAAUCUUCUUGUUCUUCCCCAAGGCUUUCUACAUGCACACACAGGCCUGCAUCUCAAUACAGGCCUCAAUCCAACCUUUCUUCAACCAGAGUUAAAUUAUUGAAAGACAAAUUAUCAUCUAGAACUGCAUUGAUCAGCUCGACGAAAGACGGUUUAGAUUUAUUGCAUGAUCCAACCAUAAAGCUGAGGAAAAAGGUGAAAGAAAAAGAGGAUCUGAUUUCUGCUCUAACUUCCAGUGUUUAUUCCAAGGAAGAAAACUAUGAGAACGUAGCCGUUGACUGGAGAAUGAUAAAUGAUUAUUUGUGUUCUGGGGACGUGGAAUCUGCAUAUAAGGAGGUUUUGUUGUCCGGUGACGAAGUUAACCUGCUUGAUCUUAUGAACAGAACAGGGCCUAUUCUGGAAAGUUUAAGUCCUGAGGUAGCCACCAAAGUUCUUGGGAUUUUAAGUAGGAAGUUUAUAAAUUGCAGUUUCGUGCACUCCAUGAUUCCUUGGUUGCAACAAGUGCUUGAUUUGAGUCGUUUCCGGGGGCCAAACCAGCCUUUUCUUUCUAAAAAUGCACAGAUGGAGUUUUUGUGUGCAGUGAAGGGCAUGGCAGAUGCUGAGUAUAUUGAUCAUAAAGACAGAAUGUCUAUAGCUCAGUUUGCAGUGAAGUUGAACAAACUUUGGGGUGAGGCUGAAAGCAGGAAAAUUCCUCUGCCGAGGGGUCCCAGUGAAACCAUGAAGAUGGGAAAGAAUGCAAAGGUUUAAAGAGUAUUUUUCUUACAAUUUGCAAUAUGAGGUAUGUAAAAGUAUAUUGGUCUGUUAAUGACAACCUUUAUCUUUUAAUGGCUUUGGACCGCACUGAAUUCUGCAAAAUAUUAAUUGA